AUGUCAUUUUCAAGUGUUAAGGUGCAUUAUUGCCGAUAUAUGCAAGACUGGGACAAAAUUAGUGAUCGAAUUUGUAAAAAUAAUUAUGUUGGAUUUGAUGUUGAGUAUGUUGAUAAAACUCCUGCUACAAUUCAGCUUUCAUCACCAACUGAAGCAUUUGUUUUACAUGUAUUUCACUAUAAAGAACUACCAAAGACAUUGGUUCAAUUAUUAGAAAAUGAUGGAAUAAUUAAAAUUGGAGUUGGAGUUAAAGAUGACUUAAAAAAAAUUGAUGAUAAAUAUAAAACACAUUGUCAAGGUGGACUUGAUAUAGGGUGGACUGCUUAUUUGAUUGGAGCUGUAUCAGAAUAUAGAGGUAUUGAUUAUUUAGGGGAGAAAUUACUUGGAGAAAAGAAAUUAGGUGGAUUUGCAACAUGGGGAAUAGGUAGGCUAGAAAAGAAACAAAUUGACUAUGCCGCUAAAGAUGCAUGGAUUGGUGUUUGUGUUGCUGAAAAAAUUUAUAAUGAAAGUUUAACCACUAAAGAAAAGAAGAGAUGUAAUAUCACUGACUGGGUUAAGGAUAUGGCAGCAUCAAAGAUUGAUGUACUUGAUUAUUGUGAUGAUGAAGAUAAAGGAGUUGUAACAAACACAGUUGUUAACGAAAAUGAUGUACAAGGAGAAUUAAGAAGUAUAAGAAAAACUAAGGAAUAUCUAAGCCAAUUAAGAAAAGAAGAAAAAGCUCAAUUGAAACAACUAGAAAAAGUAAGUGAAGAGAAAAAGCCAAAGAAGGUUGACAAUAAAAAGGGUACCAAGAAAGAAAAAGAUGAAUUAGUCCUUAAUAUCUUUUUUGAUGAUGAAUAA